AUGGCUGCGCGGGGCGGAGGAGGGGAGGACGUGUAUGCUACACUGUUGUUGACCGACACAUACCUGCCAGGCGCGCUGGUUCUGGCGCAUUCAUUACGCGAUGCUGGUACUAAAAAGAAGCUUGCCGCACUGGUCACCCUUGACACCGUAUCCGCCGAAGCCAUCACCGAGCUUAAGUCUGUCUAUGAUUACAUUCUUCCCGUGCCUCGAAUUCGCAAUGCGCACCCCACCAACUUGGAGCUGAUGAAUCGAACCGACUUACACUCGGCCUUUACCAAGAUCAACCUGUGGAAGCAGACCCAGUACCACAAGAUUGUCUACUUAGAUGCCGACGUUGUAGCCUAUCGAGCCCCCGACGAGCUCUUCGACAUUACACACCCCUUCUCUGCUGCUCCAGACAUUGGGUGGCCUGACUUGUUUAACACCGGCGUCAUGGUUCUGACCCCGAAUAUGGGCGACUACUAUGCUAUGAUGGCCAUGGCUGAGAGAGGCAUUUCGUUCGACGGUGCAGAUCAAGGCCUUAUCAACACGCAUUUCCGCAACAACUAUAACCGUAUAAGUUUUGCCUAUAACGUUACUCCGUCUGCUCACUACCAAUACGUACCUGCCUAUCGCCAUUUCCAGUCGAGCAUAAACAUGGUGCAUUUUAUCGGCUCAGAUAAACCGUGGUUUAAUGGACGGCAUGCAAGUGUGGGGAGCUCACCAUUCGACGAAAUAACGGGGAGGUGGUGGGCAGUCUACGAUCGGCAUUAUCGAACGGCUUCUGCUGAACCCGCCCCUCUAACAUCGACGCAACCCCCUGCUAUAGUAGCGACAGCAGCGCCGGUUUCAGAACUUGUUCAAUAUCUUACGAAGGGAGAAUAUCAACCUAAGAUGUCACAUAUAACUAGUAAGCCGUACGAUGAUGGGCGUGGCGGACAUGGGCAAGAUAGUUUUCACGGAACUAUCCAACAGCAAGAGCAACCCGUGCAGGCCCUCCACCAGCAUGAUUUUCCUAGCUCUCUAGUACAAAGCCUGCAGCACCAUGGUCAUCAUGAUCAUAGCCAUGAAGCGCCCGUUUCUGAAGUCGACACCCAGAAGCCUGAGUCCUCUAGUUUUCUCUCUAGCGAUGUGAUUUCGUUUUUAAGCAAUAACGAGAACGCUCCAGCUGAAGCUGCUAAAGAGCAGAUUGAUACUCAGGAACCGCAUGCAGCUCCCACUGAGGCAGAGCAAAAACCUCCAUCGUUCGAACCCUCUAUGUCAAGCUGGGACGCUCAAAGGCAUCCACCUCCCACGGAAUCCAAACCGGAGGCCAUGAACUUUCCCGCUACUGUGUAUGAGAUGUCAAAGAGCACUGCGCCUUUCGUCCCUCCUCAGCAUUAUCCCAGUCCUCCGAAAAACAUGUGGUACGAGGUACCCAAAGAAGCGCCAGCAGCUCCGUCAGAACCACCCAAGCCGAUUUUUCCUUGGGAGACUCAUCGGCCGAAGCCGUCUCGUGUGUUUGUCGACGAUGAGCCUGAAACGAGUCAAAACCUAGUGCCUGGCUCACAGCCUCCGCUUGAAGUGCAAACGUCGGUUGCUUCUCCGGGCACAGAAGUCUCCCCGGCUGAACAAAAGAACGAAAUUGUGACCCCCACAACACCAACCAUCACCAUCACGUCAUCGAAUCCAUGGACUUCAUACACACGGACAAAUGCAUGGGAUGACCUACCGGAAAUUGAGCGGUAUGUCGAUUCUUUACAGAAGAGCCGAACGGCAAGGAAUCGCAAAACUCCGGGCAUGAUCGAUUUGCCGAGUCCUGGCGAAGGCGCAAGAGGGAGUAAAUUGACCGACUUCCCAAGCGAGGUCGAGCGUCCCAGUCUUCCGGUGACUCCCGCGCCGAUCCGUCGAUCAAACUUUUGGGGUGGUGGCUCAAAUACAGGUGGCGAUGCUGGCUUAGAGCUGCCGUCAGCAGCAGGCGUUCCCGGCCAGAACGAGUGGGACCCUGUGGCCCAACUGCAAGAGUUGGCUAAGAAACAAAGCGAGGAGCUUCUUAAGAAGCUAGGCGGUACUGGCCGAGAUAGUAGCGACCUGCCGCCUCGGCUUCUGCCUUUUGGUUCAGAGGAAUUAGUGUCACCAACUUAUGUGGCACAGUCGGCCCGGAGAUUGAACCUACAACCGGUAACAGGAAGUGGGAGUUCAAGCUCUGUUAAGUCGACGCCAGAUGUGUGA